AUGUACAACGUCCACAAGCAGAGAGUCCGUCUGCGGCAGCUGGCGCCCGAACAGGGACACCGGGGCAGAGGCCUAAAGGUCUCAGAUAAAUCCUUACAAGAAUUUUAUGAUUUCGUGCAAAAAAUCAGUCCCUGGUUCCCAGAGGAGGGAAGCUUGACGCUGGAAGAUUGGAAGCGGAUCAGGGACCCCAGGAGAGUCCGUCUGCGGCAGCUGGCGCCCGAACAGGGACACCGGGGCAGAGGCCUAAAGGUCUCAGAUAAAUCNUUACAAGAAUUUUAUGAUUUCGUGCAAAAAAUCAGUCCCUGGUUCCCAGAGGAGGGAAGCUUGACGCUGGAAGAUUGGAAGCGGGUAGGUAAAGAUAUGAGAAAGUUCCGUGAGGAAAAUUCAUCUAAAGAAAUCCCCAAUAAUGCCCUUAUUCUGUGGCAACAAAUGAGGGAUUUAUUGACUGAGAAAACAGACUUANAAUUUCUUGCAGAGGAAGCUCCUUCAGAGCCCUCUGAUGAUCAGAAAGUGAGACCAUCUGCCUACAAAAAGAAAUCGGGCUGUACAGGAAAAAUAGAGAAAAGGCAAAAAGAAUGUGUAUCGGAAACAACUGAUGAUGAAGGAGAUGAUGAAUGGGAUUUUACUGAGGAAAGGGCAAAGUGUAAACUAAAGGGAGGAAGAGAGCGUUUUAAAAACCUCCGAGAUAGCAGUGGAGAGGAGUCUUUAAUCGAGGCACCAAUCACUCGUAAACCUUGUAAACCUGCACCAAAACCACAUCAACUUUUAAUGCCGGUUGGUUUUGACGCCGCAGUGGCAGAAGCAAAAAGACAAGGAGAUUUUACUCUCGCUUGCCCGGUAAUUUGCGUGGAAGGUAGCGAGCCUCGCUGGGAACCCUUGCCGUUAAAAACUCUUAAAGAAUUACAGUCGGCAAUAAAGACACUGGGCCCCACUACACCUUAUACCUUACAGGUUUUGGAUGUAGUAGCAAGCCAGUGGCUUACUCCUUAUGAUUGGCAUCAGACGGCAAAGGCUACACUCUCUCCUAGAGAUUUUAUUCUCUGGAGAACAGAGUAUGAAAAAAAAGCAAGGAACUUAGUGCAGGAAAGAUGCUCAUGGACACGUGGAACUAAGCCCACGAUGUCCAUGCUUCUCGGGCAAAAGGACUAUGCUAAACCAGCAGCGCAACUAAAAAUCCCAAAGGCAGUGUUGGAGAAAAUUAAUCAGAUAGCUGUAUCCAGCUGGCAGAGUUUGCCCCAGCCUGGGGCUAAGUCCACAGUCCUUUCAGGGAUUAGGCAGAAGCACGAUGAAUCUUAUGAGAGCUUUGUGGCUAGAUUGGAAGAAGCAGUCUCUANAAUGCUNCCCCCCUCGGAAGGGACUNAUAUGUUAAUAAAACAAUUGNCNUGGGAAAANGCGAACACCUUGUGCCANGACUUGAUCAGACCAAUCCGUAAGACAGGUUCCCUACAAGAUUAUAUUAAAGCAUGUAUAGAUGCCUCACCGGCCGUAAUUCAGGGAUUAGCUUACGCCGCAACACUGAAAGGGGAAAACUUCAGCGCCUAUGUCAGAAAUACUUACGGGAAUGGAAAGCAUUCCCCAGGGAAUGAAAUGACAUGUUUCCGGUGUGGAAAACCNGGGCACCUGAGAAAAGAUUGUAGAAACUGCUCAGGAAACAAAAGAAACAUUCCCCCAGGCCCCUGCCCACGUUGUGGCAAAGGAAGGCACUGGAAAAACNAAUGUAAAUCAAAGUUCCAUAAGGAUGGAACCCCGCUCACUAAAAAAGCGGGAGAGAAUNCAGAAUCCCCCGUCUGGAUCCCGGACAGGCUUAUCCGACCAGCCCCGGCUCUCCCGCACACAAAGACGCGCAGAGAAGAGGAAGAGGAAGCAGGAAGAAAAGACACUUGCGACCAGAAUGACAAAAAUCUCCCUACCCCUGCCACUGCCGACUGCAGCAACCAGAGCUGCCCUUGUGCCGACUUGGGGACAGCUAAAGAGACUGACUCAUAA